ACACCAACAUUCUCUACUUGUGUUUCUUUCACAAAUAGGACUUGAGAUGAUUGAAGUCUCAAGAACGCCAGAGUUUUCUAAUUGUGGAAACAUGAAUUCAUUGUCUUUGGGAUCAUCUUCUGGCCAAGAUCUGACCAGUGGAAGCAGGCAGAGGUCUCAUUCUUACUAUAAAGUUGCAGAAAAUCUGCAAACACAGACUGAGGAAACAUAUUUAAGACCACGUUCCAGGUCCUUCUACAGUUAUGAGACAUCAGAGGUUGACUCCGACUUUGACAUGAAAAACUUUAGCAGGUCGAAUCCACUAAGGCAGAGGGCGAGCUCACUGCAGUUUCAAGGGAACAAAAAGGAGAAAGAGAGAAAGAAAGAAGGUAAUGGGGGUGGUGUACGAAUCCAAUCCAAGAAGUCCAAGACAAAACAAAACAAGCAUUCAGUCUCUAAAGAACAAACGGGCAGUAAAGGCAGUCUUAAGUCAGUAUUCAUGAUGACUAUCUCCGAGUAUGACAAUUGGGAAAUUUCCUCCAGUUCGGGAAUGAAGUACGGACAGUUUGUGGAUUGGGAGAAAAUAGACCCUGAAGCUGCAGAAAGAUACCAGGAGAUCCUAAAAAGUGAGCACCAGCAGCUGAAAACUAUGGCCAGAGAAGGAUUCUGGUCCAUGCCCCACACCCUGAGGGCCAAAGCUUACUACCACAUAAUCCGCAGCAUCAAUAACAGUAAGACUACCUCUCCAGAAAGAGAUGUCUACUAUGAUCUGGCUAAAAAGCUCUUUGGAGAACAAAAACUCAGCAGCCACCCUGUCCCAGAGUAUAUGGAGGCCGGAGAAAUACCUAGAUAUUGCCUCAACGAAGCUGGUCUGAACUCUGUCAAAAAGAUCCUUCUUUGCCUCGCCAAAUACUUCCCAGACAUGAACUUCUGUCCCAUCUUGCCUGCCCUGGUCUCCCUCAUCCUCCACUUUAGCCAGGAUGAAGCAGAGUGCUUUUUCAGCGUGUCCCGACUCAUCUCUUACAACGACCCAAACAAACGUUACAUUGACCAGAAUUUCCUAACCUACCGUGCUUCUUGCAUGACUUUUGGAGAUCUUGCCAACAAGUGUUGCCGUGGCAUUCGUAAGCUGAUUGCCAGUUCUCACCAGAACCUUUUUGAGUUUUAUUCCGACUGGAUCAUGUGGAUCUUUGCUGAUCUUCCGUUCACAUACGCCAUCAGAGUGCUUGAUGUUUACCUGCUGGAAGGCUACAAGGUCCUCUACAGGGUGGCAUUGACUUUGCUCAGCCUCUACAAAGUAUCAGUGUCCUCUCGAGUGGCAGAUGUGGAAGACUUCAGAACAGAUAUGAAAAGGUUUGUGCAAAAUGUAGAUCGCCACUGCACAGUUGAAAAGCUUCUGGAAAGAGCUUUCCAGAUUCCAAUGGCUACACGGAGAGAGCUCAACCUCCUCUUCAAUGCCAAUAAGGAUUCUCUCAUGCAAAAAGGUGUCAGCAUGCAUCAGAAGAGGCAGUCUGUCGAAACUGUGGACUUCAACAGCUUUAGCUCCAGUGUAGUGACAGGGACUGAGAUGAGAGUGGUGUGGGCCUGGAUACCUGAACGCUUCGCCCUUUUCAGUCCCAUCAGGCUGUUCAGUACAGUAGAACACAAAAGAAGUCUUGCCUCGUUUUACUCCCAUGUGGAAGGACAUGAGCCUGCAGUCUUGAUAAUCAAAACUGUGGAUGAGGAGGUCUUUGGUGCUUUUCUAUCAACUGAUGUGAUAGAAAGAAGAAAGCAUGAUAGUGGGGAACUUACAUAUUUUGGAACUGGGGAAUGCUUCGUUUUCAUGCUUCGUCCCAGCAUGGAGCGCUACCAGCAGGCUGUGUUCAGCAUCAUGACCAGAAGAGCUUCCCCUCAACAGGACGGAGCCUACAAUGACACCACCUUCCAGAUACCCAAAAGUAGCAACUUCUACAUGACCUCCACCACUAUGUUUAAUGGUGCUACAAAACUGAUUUGCCCUGCUGGGACCCCCCAGGACCCAAGCUACCUCACAGUCCCCUUCACUGUCCCAUCAAAGCAACUCAUGACUGCCAAAGAGCCAAAGAGACCCAAGGAAGAAGAGGCCUCCAUGUUCAUAGCUGGCAGUGACACUCAGCUCAUUAUUGGUGGUGAUGGAGGCCACGCUCUCUCCCUUCAGGAAGAUCUAGAAGGAGGAUUCUCACAACCUUGUGACACAUUCAAGAGCGCCCAACUGUGCAAGGGACCUUUCAAGAUCCAGUCUCUGGAAGUCUGGGGGAUCCAGAACUCUAUUUCCUUCUCUCAUUGUUUUUCCUCACACUAAGAGAAUGAGGAGAUGAAUGUGCUUAUACUGUGCCUUAUGGUCAGUCUUGUCUUGAGCCAGCUUUUGUUGAUGCUGUUUCUUCAGGUUUAUUGAUGUAAUUCCAAAUAUUUAUUUUGUGAAAUGUGCAUUGUGGCAUGCAUGAUUUUCUUGACUUGUUCUCAUAUGUUCGGAGGCUUGUUUGAGACCACUGUGUAAUUGCUUAGAACUUAUACUGCCACAUAUUGUACCAGAACAUUACCUGCUCGUACUGACUGAUCUUAUUAUAUGUGGUAUUUAUAUUACAUUAUUUAAAAACUGAAAUGUAUAUUUUUUAUCAUUAUUUAAUAGAUUUUGCAUAACAUGUAUCUAUAUUUCAACAACUAUAUCUAGUAUUAAUCCACCUAUCCCAUAGACCCUGUAGACUAAUUAAUCUGUUUUGUGGUCCUAAAGUGAGCUUCAGGCUGUUAACAUUAUGACUAUAUAAUGUCCUCUUUCUGCUACAUUUUGAAUACUACAAGCCACUUAUCAUAAAAAUAAACUGAUUAAUGAAUUAAUGUUGCAGUGCAAAAACUGGCAGGGAUAAUACGCAUGCUUUGAGCACUGGCCUUAUCCCCUGCUGCUCCUUUAGAAUAUACUGGAAGAGAUGUGGAGGUACUUUAUAAAGAAUAAAAGCAGACAGAGGAAGCCAACUACACUGUUUGUUAGUCACUGCAAAGAUGAUCGGAUAUUGUUAAGGUGCCUGAGGAAGUUUUGAAUAAUUUAUUACAUUGGUAUAAUUUAUUGAUUUUAUUUUCUAUGAAUUGUAUUGUUUGAUUUGCAUAUUAUGCACAAGAGCACAAUUAAAUGUUGUGCACAGUCAG